GAUCAGGUUAGAGGCGAAUGUUUGUUCAUUGUCUGAAGAAUUUUAAGGCAAACAGAAAGGGCUAACGGCUCAGCUCUGUUGUAGCCCAGGGCGCUUAGGCAAAAAAAAAAUAUGUGGGUUUCCGGUUUCCCGACCCUACCUAGCUUUUGGACGUCGAAAUCCCGACCCUAAACUUUUUUAUUGGAUCAUGCUUGUAAGUGUUUCCACUUAGAGGAAAAAGUUUGUGGACAAUUGAAAUUUGAGGCAAAAUUAGGGAAAUUUAUCUUUGGAUGUUGAAUCACUGACUAAACAAAAUGGCGUCCGCUUGUUCGGAAAAUUAAAAAAAAGUUUAAAAAAAAAAGUUAAAACCGACCUACCCUACCUAAGUUUUUAUAAGAAGAAACCGGAAACCCACAUAUUUUUUUUGGCCUUAUAUAGAGGACGGUGCAACGCGUUGAUUUCGCGCUGAUCAUUGUGUGACUGCCUCCUCCACAGGCCCUCGUUGCGUCGUGGGAAGGCCACGAUUUCGAGAGGUUGUGUGUGACCUCGCCAGAUUGUGUGUGACCUUCCCAUGACGCAACGAGGGCCCGCGGAGGAGGCAGAAUGUGUGAUGCGGAAAAGGACUGGCACGAGCGUGCUUUUCGGAAAAAGUUGACAAGGAGCGUGAUUUUUCCUACUGUUGUAUUUUUGCUGUUUUUUCAUGAACUACGAAAUUUUUGAGGAUGUUUUGCACUGUAACGACGAAGUAGUAACUAGAGUUUAGUAUGAAUGCUUGUUUGGCCUAUAUAGUUGAACUUUAAAAGAAUAUUGAGGAUAAUGAUUCGUGUUUUUGAUGACUUCAAUGAAGGUAAACUUUCAAAACCGCAUUUGGGCAUGUUAUCAAGUCGUCCAAACUUCGAAAUUCACUUGAUGGUGAAGAUUAUAAUUGUACUUCAUAAUACUCGCCUCGAUAUAACAAUGUAAAUGCCCUUUAUUAACUUCACUCACAAUAGCAAUUUACAGAAUAUAUUAACUUUAACUCAAAACGAGGUUGCCCCUGCUCAUAUCCCCGGCAUCCCCUUGUCCACGUUGCCUUUUUUCUUUGCUCACAAUGGCGACAGUCACUGGAAGCUGCGACGACGAAGUUGUUAUGUCAGAAAUCCAGUCGAAUCCGAAGACACCUCCAGGUAAUCUUAACAGUGAUACAAUCGAACAAAUUUCGAAAGCUGUACAGGAUCAACUUUCGGCUAUAUUGCCGAGUAUGAUUCAAGAAAUCAGCAAGUUAACUCCUCGUACUGAAGGAGCACACAUGUUUGCACAAACUCCCCGGUUAGCCGCCGGGUCAACACAAGGCUUACGAAAGCGUCCGUCGCCCUCCCGGUUUCAACACAAGGCUUAAAUGAACAAACUGAACAAGUUUCAGACGAGAACGAGGACGUACAAGAGAUUAAUGCGGAGGAAUUUGAACCUCCUGCAAAGAAGGCCAACCUGUCUGAAUCCACGGAAUUUAGUGACCUAAACGAAGAUAGUCCUGGACGCUGGGAAGCUUCAGAAGAACUUUCUAGUCUUCUUAAUGUUUUAUUCAUUGACAAAACGCUUUCUACAUACGAACGAAAGCAGAUAACUAAAGAAUUCCCGCGUCCAAAUAUCGAGGCAGUAUACACACCAGUUCUCGAUAAUUAUUUGAGCUCACUGAUUGCUGGAGCGAAAGGUGUAGACAAAGAGCCUAAAAGGCUCCAAGAUCAAAUUUUAGAUGUGGUUGGGCCAUUGUCGAUGGUCUUUGAGCAUGUAUCAGGAUGGCAAUCAAGCCAAGACAGUGCCGAGACAAUCACUGUACCUUCGAACAAUAUUAAUGGCCUCUAUGCAUGCCUGACAAAAGCCCUGUGUUUAUUGGGAAGUAUUAACAAUCAGUUAACAGUUCAGCGAAGAAAACAAAUUUUGGAUAAACUUAAUCCAAAGUUAAAUUCACUUGCCACUGAGCCAUUUCCAGAUGCCGGCAAGAUGUUGUUUGGUGAAUCCUUUGAAGAAAAGACUAAACAAAGGAAUGAAACAGCUCGGAUUAUUUCAGCAGCAACUGCAAAGAAACCAGCAAAUCAGUUUUUUCGCAGAGGGGCCCCCUCCAGUUACCGCCCAUGGCGUGGGGGCCAGGAACGGGGCAGAUGGAAUUACCAAGCCAGAGGGAGGUACUCCUUUCGAACCCGUGGCCGGGGGAGAGGCAGAUUUCCAAACCCUCAAUUCCAAAUAUCCCAGUCACAACAAAGCCAGCAGUGAUUGCUCAAAGUGGUCAAAUAACAGGUAUAUUAAAAAACGAAACAAACUUAACACAUUUCCCCCAAAUAAAUGCAUUGUGGGAAAAGUUCGGGCUGCGUCAUGUAAGCUCAAACCAGUUGCCACUAGCAGGUCGUUUAAAAUAUUUUGUAAAAAAUUGGGAAUUAGUGACAAACGACCCCUGGGUACUCCAGGCUGUGUCGGGGUACCAAAUUUGUUUUUCAAAUCUGCCAUUCCAGAAAACUUUUCCGGCAAUGAUGGUGUCAGUAGAGGACCAAGAGGUCAUAAACAAAGAGGUGGAAGAAUUGAUAGAAAAACAAGCAAUACAAUAUGUUCCACCACAACAACACAGCACAGGUUUUUUAAGCACGCUGUUUGUGGUCCCCAAGAAAGGUGGGGGGCACCGGCCAAUUUUCAAUCUCAAACAAUUGAACCACUUUGUUCAGUACGAACAUUUCAAAAUGGAGGGCAUACAUAUGCUGCGAGACCUCCUGCAACCAAACGAUUAUAUGGCAAAAAUCGAUCUAAAAGAUGUCUAUUUUACAAUUCCCAUUUGGAAGGAUCACCAAAAAUUCCUUCGCUUUCUUUGGAAAGAUACCCAUUGGGAAUUUAUGUGCCUACCUUUCGGAUUGGCCAGUGCCCCACGCGUUUUCACAAAAAUCCUAAAACCAAUAGUUGGUUUGCUAAGAAAACAGGGCAUUCGAUUAAUAAUUUAUCUAGACGAUAUAUUAUUGAUAGCAUCAACAGCCGAAACACUGUCACAUUAUGUGACACUUACAGUAGCACUCCUAGAGUUGUUGGGUUUUGUGGUAAACUACCAGAAAUCCCAACUGAAUCCAGUUCAAUCUCUCGAAUUCCUGGGCUUUCAAAUAAAUUCGGUAACAUUUCAAAUCAGUCUUCCCAAAGACAAAGUAAAAAACAUCAAACGCGAAUGUCAGAAAGUCCUAGACCACCAAACAAUAACGGUGAGAGAAUUAGCCAGGUUAUUAGGCAAGUUAAGUGCCUCAAUUCAAGCAGUUUUCCCGGCACCGUUGCAUUAUCGUUACCUCCAAGCUGUCAAAAAACAAAGCUUGGCAAAACAGGGGAGUUACGAGGCUCCAGUGAUUUGGUCAGCGGCAGCCCUCGAGGAGCUGAAAUGGUGGCGAGAUCACCUCACUGCUUGGAAUGGAAAGGCUCUGUUGAGAGAGCCUCCAACGUUGAUCAUCGAGACAGAUGCAUCAACAACAGGUUGGGGAGCUUGUUGUGGGCAAACACAAACCAGGGGCCUUUGGUCCCAAACAGAGCGCCUGUUACAUAUAAAUUGUCUGGAACUCCUUGCAGGGGGGUUUGCUCUCAAAUCAUUUCUAAAGAGCAAAUGCAAUAUCCAUGUUUUGUUGCUCAUGGACAACACGUCAGCCAUAAGUUACAUAAACAAAAUGGGUGGCUCAACAUCGUUAGUCCUAUCCAGCCUCGCCUUCGACCUUUGGCAAUGGUGUCUCGAACGCUCAAUCACGGUCGAGGCACACCAUUUGCCAGGGAGACUGAACACAGUAGCCGACUACGAGUCCCGAGCUGGACCAGAUUCCAGCGAUUGGCAACUGGAUCCAGUUGUGUUUCAGAAAAUCAACUCCAAAUGGGGUCCAUUUGCAGUAGAUCUUUUUGCAACAAGACUGACAGCACAAUUGCCAAGAUUUGUGAGUUGGAAACCAGAUCCAGUGGCAGAGGCAGUGGAUGCCUUUACACUGGAUUGGAGCCAACUCGCAGGGUAUGUUUUCCCUCCAUUUGCCCUAAUAGGGCGUUGUCUGAGGCAGAUUCAACAACAGUCAGUUCCUCAAAUAACCAUGGUCACACCAGUGUGGGAGACCCAGUCCUGGUAUCCGCUACUGCUGGGAAUGAUAAUAGAAGCCCCAGUGCUACUACCAUCAUUCCCAGGGUUAUUGAGACAAGAAGACAAACUACAUCCUCUUGCUCACCUGCAGUUAGCCGCAUGGCUUGUCUCAGGAGAAAUUUCCAAAGUGCGUCAAUUUCACAGGCAGCUCAAGGACUUCUCUUGGCUGCAUGGAGAGCCCGAACAAAGAAGACUUACUCUUCUGUCUGGCGGAA